AUGGUCGCUCAGGUACACACCAAACAGCACACACAGCGGCACAAGGCGAAUCGUGACCGUCCACAUGGAAAAGAUGCGAAACUCAUAGCCUCUAUGGCUUCUGGCGAGAAAUUGUCCCAACGAAAGCGCGUGUUUCGGCCAGUGCUUACUUCACCGUUUGCCGUGUCCUGGCCCCGUAUACCCAAAGCCGACGGUGACACCGUCCUACACACACUCCUAGAGAUACUCUGCGAUGAAGAUGGAAAAAGGCCACAAAAAUCUGACCCUGCGUACGUUGUAGGUGUGAAUGCAGUUUCGCGCCAACUCGAGUCUCACAUUCAUACUGUGCGGCAAAACAUCCCCCUGGAUCGCUCGUGCCUGCCUCGGUAUUUAUUCGUAUGCGUGGCCGACAUGGAUCCACCCGUCCUCGUAUCUCAUUUGCCCAUGCUGACCGGUGCCUACAAUGCUAUGUGUGCGGGAAAGCUUGCUAGCUCGAGCGACGAGACGGUUCCAACUCUGUGGCAUCCAUCGGAACGACAGGCUUUUUGCAUACCCGCUGUAGUGCUGGUGCCUCUGCCACAAGGAGCCGAGUUUCUGCUGUCUACAGCAUUGCGCGUGCGGCGUCUAUCUGCGCUCAUGACCACGACGGCCCUGCGUGGCGAUCAGCAAGACCGCCUAUGCACACGCAUCAAACAGGUUUUGGGCCCAGACACGUGGCAGCAUGGCUUCCGCGUGCCUUGGCUGGACCAAGCAGGGGGCCUGCUCCCUCCGCACAUUAAGCACGUGGCAUCCAGCGCACCCGUCACCAAGGGGAAAAAGAAUGCCGCCCAAGGACGCAAGCCUCGCGAACACACUCCCAAGGUCUAG